AUGAUGAGCCUUUCUGUGCAAGAUGCGAUCAAUUAUUUGCAGAAGUUUUUGGAUGAUCCCAGCUGCCCGAGAUUCCAUGUCAUUCCAGAGGUCACUCAAUCGGAGAACAGGGAGGAGCAAUCAUUCAUGGAAUGCUGCUGGAAUUCUGCACUUCAAAACGCAAAGGAGGGCACCAGUAUCGCCACAAUCACCGCUGCUGCCGCCGCGGCCACACGUGUGGCUCAUUCUUCGUGGCCUGUACCAGAGUCACCGCGGAAAGCCUCAGUGUUAUACUACGACACACCGUCGCUUGAGGCCCCGACAACUCCACCGACGAGUGCAGUUGAUGCAGAGGGAUUUUUCUCCACAGCUGUUGUCCCCACAGACCCAGGCAUGAGCGGUCGCUGUGGUCGUAACGGCGUCGCCUGGGUGGUGUUGUAG